ACAUUCCUCCCAAGGCAGGCAGACAGACAGGGAUCCCGAGAGAGGACGAGGAAACCUGAGAAGAGUCAGUCAGAAGCCGGGUAGGACGGAGGGUAAACUGGAGACCCAGCAAGAAGACCGAGAGAAAGGCUGGGAGAAGACAGAGGAGGCAGAGAGGCAGAGCGAAGGGAAGGGGAGGCACGCACGAGUGUGAGGAGGCUGAGAAAGCCACGUAGAGGGCUUAAGGAGAGAAAAAGGCCAGGAAGGGGAGGCAGAGCCCCGGGUCAGGGUGAGGAUGUUGGUCGACCGGCUCUGGGCGGCGAGUAGCCGGGCACUGUUUGCCGAGUUCCUGGCGACGGGGCUCUACGUGUUCUUCGGGGUGGGCUCGGCCCUCCGCUGGCCUUCGGCGAUGCCCUCCGUGCUCCAAGUGGCCAUCACUUUCAAUCUGGCCACAGCCAUGGCCGUACAAGUCACUUGGAAGGCGAGCGGGGCCCAUGUCAACCCAGCUGUGACCCUGGCCUUCCUGGUGGGCUCCAAUAUUUCCCUGCCAAGGGCCCUGGCCUAUGUGGUAGCCCAGCUGGCCGGGGCCACUGCCGGAGCAGCUCUGCUUUAUGGAGUCACCCCAGGGGACAUCCGAGGAAGCCUUGGAGUGAAUGUGGUCCGGGGCAGCGUUUCCUCAUUCCAGGCUGUUGCUGUGGAGUUGGUGUUGACCCUUCAGCUGGUACUCUGUGUCCUUGCUUCCACCGAUAGCCGACAGACUGCAGGCUCUCCUGCUGCCAUAAUUGGGAUCUCAGUGGCUUUGGGCCACCUAAUUGGGAUCUACUUCACUGGCUGUUCCAUGAACCCAGCUCGAUCCUUUGGUCCAGCUGUCAUCGUUGGGAAGUUCUCUGUCCAUUGGAUCUUCUGGGUGGGACCACUGACAGGAGCUCUUCUUGCAUCUCUGAUCUACAACUUCAUCUUAUUCCCAGACACCAAGACUCUUUCUCAGAGGUUGGCCAUUUUAACAGGCACCAUGGAAGUAGAGAAGACAGAGCCUCCAAAGAAAGACCCAGAGCCCACUUCAGGAGCCACUGAGAUGCCUAACUUGGUGUAGAAUACUUGGGUUUCAAUCUGUACCCUCCAGUGGUAGGAGGGACAGGAGUAUGAAGUCAAGACUGUUUAGGGCCAGUGGCAGCAUGUCAAAUCCAGCAAGCACCUAGCCAAAGAAAUCUGGGGCACCUUGGUCAGGGAGAAGACUUGUGUCUUGCCCUGAUGUGGAAGUGAGUUUCAAGGGGAAGUUGAGGGAGGGGAGGGAAUAGAGGAGACAGGAUAUCACUAACCCACCUAAAAAUUCUAGUCAGAAUAAAGUUCCAGAGUGGGUCUGAAUCACCUUUAUCUCUUAGUGGCUGGGAGAAGCAAGGGGGCUGACCUAGAACCCAGGAGGGAGGUCUAGACUUUUGAAUUAAUUCAAUGUAACAAAUUUAUUUUAAGUACUUACUGAAUACACUUCUGUACGGUGUAUGGAACUCUGCUAGUCAAUGGGGAAAUUCAAAAGAUCAAUAAGAUAGUUAUUACUCUCAAGAAGUUUAGUAGAGGUAGUAAAAAAAAUGGAGAUAACUAUACAGAUCAAGAACAAAGUAAAAGAUAGAAAAGGUUAUGUGAGUUGUGUGAGAUUCAAGGAUGAAUCAUUUCCCACUUUUGGACAGGGAUCAGGAAAACAUUUGUAGAGAAGGUAGUAUUGAACUUUUUGAACUGGAGCUUAGAGAGAGAGAGAAGAUGGGUAAAAAAAUCUAAUAGAGACCACAUUUCAGGAAUAAAGAACAAAACAUAAAGACUGGCUCCAUAAAAGCCUGGGACCAUGCAUAGGGAAUGGCAACUAGUCUUAGUUUACCAGGAGAAUAGGGUAUAUAUGAUGGUAAGCAGUGUAAGCUCAGAUAACAAACCUUGAGUGGCAUGAGACUAAGGGGGACCUUGAAUAACAAAGGAGUUAAGAUUCUUACACACAUAGGUUUUGAGAAGAGAUGUGGCAACACUCCUGGGGCAGCUAUGAAUGAAUGAAAGAAAAGGCAUUUAUUAAGACUUACUACUACUUUCUAGGCAUUAUGCCUUAGCACUGCUGAAGAAUAUAAAAAAGCAAGACAAGUCUCUGCCCUCAAAGGGCUUACUUUCUAAAAGAGGAACACAUAGAGGGAAAUUAUGGCCAGGGAUUUGGUUUGAGAAAGUAGAGAUGGUAGUUAUAGGGCCAUUGUUUUGACAGUUCUUUCUAGGAAUAACAGUAUUGAUCUGAUUGUUCUUGGAACUAUGGGUGGAAGAAGGGUGGGAAGAACACAUGGAUUUGUUGUGGCAAGAUUGGAACAAUGUGGUGGGGCUGAGACAAACUCUCCCCAGUCAAAACCCAGGGCUCUGGAGUCAGAGCUAGAAUGCUCGUGUGAGGCCACAGAGACUUGGGAUGGCAGAAGGUUAUCAAGAGAAUAAUGGGCAAAAUAGAUUGGAGAAGAGAGAGGCUGGAGGCCAUGGGGCCCAGUUAGAAAGAGAUGGCCAUGAUCUGGAGAAGCGGUGAUGAGGGAUUGCACUAAGGCAGUGACAAUGAAAAUAGAAACGCUUAUUAGAUAUUUUGGAUGUGGAACUGUUGGGUCCUAGUAACUGGCAGACUAUGAGGCAAAAGAAGGGUCAAAGAUGACUUCAUGGCCAGUGGCAGAAUGUCAAAUGAAACUUGGAGAGACUUUGGUUUGGGGAGAGGGUUUGUGUCCUGUCCUAAUAUAGAAAUGGGUUGGGGGGGGGGUGUUGUGGGAGGAGGAAAAGAGAAGAGAGCCUGUCACUGACCUCCCCUCUGAAGAUUCUAGCCAGAAUAAAUCUCCCAGGUAAUAGGGUAUAUUGGUAAAGGAAGGCUGAUUAGGUCCGGGUGAGGUUGCAAAAGAGUACUCCCUCAAGCUUUCACUUGCAACAUGGCUUUAUCACAAACCAAAUACUAAAUGCCAUAAAGUGAAAGUUAGUGCUAUCAAAAAAAUGGCCAUUUAUCAAUAUUAAAUAAAUUCUUCCUGGAACUCCCGUUGUGUUGUGCUCUUGGUGUCUAAGCUCAUCUUUUAUCCUAAAUUUGUCUUGAACAUAUUGAGUUUCAGGCCCUUCCAGAAAAGUCAAUUGAUGUCCAAUAAGCAAUUGCAAAUCCCAAUCUGGAACUUGGGAGGAUCAAGGCUGAUUGCAUGUAUCUCCACCCCCCUAACACUUCGAACAGCUCGAUAAAUGUUGGAAAGGAAAGGAAGGUCAUGAAUUGAAAACAGAAUAGAACCAAAUUCCCCCAGAAGGCUGUAAAAAGUUGGUACUUUGAAAAAUCCUAAUGGAACCACCUUUUCCCCUCUCAGUAGAGAAGUCAGAAAUGAGACACACAGCAUUA